AUGACACUUAAUCCCUUCCCAGCUCACCAAUAUUAUAAUAUUCCCACGUCCAAACAUUUCCUCCCCUCGCCGCCGCUCAACCUCACUCCCCCACCAUCUCUCCCCCACAACCCUAAACGCUGGGCCCGAAUGGACUCCGGCCCAGCUUCCAGCCCACCACAAAAGGACAAGCUCGUCGUCAUUAUGGGCGCCACCGGCGCCGGCAAGUCCCGCCUCUCCAUCGACCUCGCCUCUCGCUUCCCUUCCUGCUCCUUCGAAGUCAUCAACUCUGACAAGAUACAAGUCUACAAAGGUCUCGACAUCACCACCAACAAGAUUCCCUUCCCCGACCGCCGAGGGAUCUCACACCAUCUCCUCGGCGAGUUGGACCCACUCGACGGGGAGCUCUCCCCCGCCGACUUUAGACGGCUGGCUGGUCGAGCCGUCUACGACAUUGCUACCAGAAAGAGAGUGCCUAUGCUGGUGGGAGGUUCCAACUCUCUCAUUCACGCUCUCCUCGUCGACCGGUUCGAACCGGGCGUCAAUGUGUUUGAAAACGGCGCCGAGUUGGCGUCGUCGGAGCUCAGGUACGACUGCUGCUUUCUCUGGGUUGAUGUGUCGUUGGUGGUUCUGGCCGAGUAUUUAUUGAAGCGAGUGGACGAAAUGCUUGAGUCCGGAAUGUACGAAGAGUUAGCCGAGUUUUGCGCCACCGAGGACGACGAGGAGGUUCGAACCGGGUUGAGAAAGGCUAUCGGAGUGCCGGAGUUCAGCCGGUUUUUUAAACAGUUCCCGCCGGGAAGAGUUCAUGAUCAGCUGCGGAGAGGAGCAGCGUACAACGACGCGGUAAAGGCCAUAAAGGACAACACGUGUCAGUUGGCCAAGAAGCAGAUUGGAAAGAUUCUACGGCUCAAAGGUUCAGCCAAGUGGGACCUACAGAGGCUAGACGCGACGGAGGCGUUCAGGGCGGUGCUGUCGUCAGAUGGGAGGAGGUGGUCGGAGAUAUGGGAGGAACAGGUGGUUGAACCAAGCGUGAAAAUUGUGAAGCAAUUCUUGGCGGAGGAGUAG